AUGGCGGGAGGGUAUCUCGGAGGGGCAGCGGGCCUGGGCGCUGGCCUGCCCCCCCUGCCCACCGAAAUACUCAUGGACGAGUACAUGUUCGGUCGCAGAAGGCAGCGACGGAAUCGGACAACCUUCACGGCGCAACAGCUGAGCGAACUGGAGGCCCUGUUUCAAAGGACGCACUACCCUGAUGUUUUCCUUAGGGAGGAAGUCGCGUGCAGGAUAAACUUAUCGGAGGCUCGUGUGCAGAUCCCAGCCCUUAGCUCUCCACGUCGCUGCCAGGUCGCUGCAGUCGCAUGCUUGAUCAAAGAACCGGUCUCCGUCCCGCAGGUCUGGUUCCAGAACCGCCGAGCCAAGUGGCGGAAGCAAACGCGGAUGCAGUUCGUGCAGGACGCGUGGCGGCUCCGCUACCUGGGCCUGUCCCCCCCCGCGUGGCUCACCCGCUCCCCGCCCCCUGGAGGACACGCCAGCCCCCCGCAUGGGCGGAGCCAAGCCGCUCUCCCGUCGCCGCCCCUCCCCCUCCCGCCAAGCUCCGCCUCCGAGUCCACGGCAGGCGGAGACCGGGGCUCAAGCUCCGCCCCCCGCUCGGCCUCGCCCGCCAACACUCCGCCGACGGACCUCAGCACGUCCGACCGCCUCAGCGCUGCCUCCAGCCUGGGAGCUGCCGUGGCAACACUAAGGUGGCGAGGCGAGGAACACGUCGGUUGCCUGGGCCCUGGACUCUGCCCCUGCCUCAACCACACGCCCCUGCCAGAGCACCCACUCCUGCCACGCCUCUCGCUGCCCAUGCAACUCCACACGCACACCUCCCAGGCCGAGAGUCGCCCGGCGUCGCCCGAGAAGCGGCCGCCGCACAGAGAGGCGUCCGACCUCCCGAAGGCGGCGGACGAGAGCGACGACAACGACGAGGAGCUCACGGUCACGCCCGACAGCGAAGACGACCUCACUCCUACUGACCUGUCCUCCAGCGCAACGGCCGCUGCUGCUGCUGCUGCUGCGGCCGCCGCUGCAGCUGCCGCGGCCGCUGCUGCGAAAUAA